CUGUCGUUUACGCACUGGAGAAGAAAGCGAAAUGUCGAUGUUAUGAGCAACAAAAACGGAAAAAGUGGUGUACCUGGCACCUCGGACACGAACGUUUAACUCAAGCUGGGUGACAGCUACUGCUGAAGUCGGAAUUGUGUGUCUCGACUGAAAGAGAACAGAAAUCCGAAAAGAAGGAGAGAGCCAAUAAAAUUUAACAAUGGAGAUGUGCCACACAGUCCCAGAGAUAAAUGAUGGAAUAUACAUGUGAAGAUGGGGUCUACUCUCAAUAAACAACACAAUGUUCGCAUUAAGGAGGAAGAAUGUGAAAAAGAGGCAAUUAGUGUUAAUGGUGACCCUGAGCCAAAACCGGCUGGUAUUGACUUGCCAGAACAUAAAAGUGCAAACUUUAUAAAGGAAGAAGACAUUAAAUCGGAAUGUUUUUCUGAUUUUAUGCAUCAUGGUGGACAGAAGGACACAGAAUUGUACUCUCCACAAAGUACACAUUACUCUUUUCACGUGAAGACUGAAUCAUUUGAGUCUGCUAUCAAAACCGAGAAUCUUUCAUCUGAAAGUCAUACAGAAGUGGCAGGUUUUCAAGAGGAAGGCAGCUCUUGGGCUUCUUCACUCAGUCCAGAUUUGCUUCAGAGUUCUUGUGCUUCCUCACUGAUACCAGAUUUGCUUCCGAGGAAAAUUCAACGUAAACCACAUGUUGAACAGCAGAGACUUCAAACUGGAGUGAACCAGUAUUGCUGUACAGAAUGCGGCAAGCAAUUCCCACACAAAUGUCGUCUUCAGGAACACAUGAAAAUCCAUACUGGGGAGAAACCAUAUUGUUGCACCGAGUGCGGCAAGAAAUUCCCCCACAAAUAUCGUCUUCAGGAACACAUGAGAAUCCAUACAGGCGAGAAACCAUACUGUUGUAAUGAAUGUGGCAAGAAAUUCCUGCAUAAAUGUCGCCUUCAGGAACACAUGAGAAUCCAUACUGGAGAGAAACCGUAUGGCUGCAUGGAAUGUGGGAAGCGGUUUACACAAAAGGCUUACCUUCAAGCACAUAAAAAAAUUCACACUGGAGAGGAAAAGCCGUAUUGUUGUACUGAAUGUGGUAAGCAAUUCUUGUACAAUUGUCGUCUUAAGCAACAUAUGAGGAUUCAUUCUGUACAAAAGUCAUAUGGUUGCACUGAAUGUGGCAAGCAGUUUGUGCACAAGUAUAAUCUUAAACAGCAUAUGAGAAUCCACACUCUACAGAAAUCCCACUGUUGCACAGAGUGUGGGAAGCAGUUCCUGCAAAAAUGCCAUCUUAAGCAACACAUGAGAAUCCAUACCUUGCAAAAAUAUUGUUGCAGUAAAUGUGGCAAGCAGUUUCUGCACAAAUGUCAUCUUAAGCAGCACUUGAGAAUCCAUACUGUAAAGAAAUCUCAUUCCUGCACUGAGUGUGGCAAGCAGUUUCUACUUAAACGUCGUCUUAAGACGCACAUGAGAGUUCAUACUGGUGAGAAACCGUAUUGCUGCAUGGAAUGCGGGGAAAGAUUUGCAAAGAAAGGCAAUUUUCAAGCACAUAUGAAAAUUCAUACUGGAGAGGACAAGCCAUACAGUUGUACCGAAUGUGGCAAGAAAUUCUUGUACAAAUGUCGUCUUCAGGAACAUUUCACAGUCCAUACUGGGGAAAAACCAUAUUGCUGCACUGAAUGUGGUAAGCGGUUUAUGCGAAAGACUUACCUUCAAGCACACAAACGAAUUCACACUGGGGUAAAUCCAUAUUGCUGCACAGAAUGUGGCAAGCAGUUCCUGUACAAGUGUCGUCUUCAGCAACACACAAGAAUCCAUACUGGACAGAAGUCAUCCGGAGCACAACGAUCAAAAGCCCGGAGAUUGGAAGGAGCUGGUUCUUCAUCCAUGAUUGGCAAGUCCGCAAAGUAUCAGCCAAUCAUAAGCCGGUCACAUGAGCCAACCAGCAUAAGCCCCAUGCAAGCUCCAGAGUCCACUGUGUGCAUUUUGUGGGUUGUGGGAGGUAGUUGUCUUUCAGAAUCGUUUUCUCAACCAAACUGAAUGGAUGCAGUUUAUUGAAGUGAGUGCCUUUAAGCAGUGUUUGAUUGAGCUGUCUGCUUGAUUUUUUGGACCCAUCUUAAUGGGAAUUGCUGCACAGACCCUUUAAGCAUUUUAACAAUGGCAGGAAUUUAAGUGAAGUGGAUGGCUCAUGGAGAACGUGUGCUAUAAGAGUGUUAUCUUUACGGGGUUUUCAUUUUGAACCGUUUGGUGGUGUAUGUUACAUUAGAACACCAGUGAACUCAUUACAAGUUGUUUUGCAGACUGUUUUUAAUUCCCUGGUUCUCAUUUUUCCAAACUCUGUUUUAUUUAUUUACUAAGUUUGGUUCAUUUUGACAAGUACUAUACUUGCAUUUGAAUGAAAACAAGGGCAGUUUACUUUCAGAGAGCCAACCACACUAACUAUGUGAAAUAUCACCUGGUAAGUCAGCCAACCUGUGACAAGCCAGGAUUUUCAGCAGCUAGGGAAAUAGUGACAAAUAUAGAGUGAUGGGGUAAGUUGUACAGACCAAUCUUAAUGUAUUUUUAUAUGUGCUCAUUCUGUAUUUACAUAGUGAUGACAUAUGUUUUAUAACUUGAUCUUAAGUGCUGUACUGUCAUAGUAAGAGUGGCAUGUGCCCCCAAGCAGCUGAGACUUUAAAAAUCAGCCUUACACUUGUUAGUUGUUUAUAUGUUCAUAUUGGUCUGCCUUAGUUCUGUGCCACUAACCUAUGAGAACUACUUAAGCUGCUGCAUGUCCGUUGCUGCAGCUGUCGCUGGCAAAAUAAGGCUUUAUGCUUCACUUUAUGGAGAAUGAGUUAUUAACUCAACAAGUGAUGGCAUAGAAGACCUGUUUAGUAAGUCACUUUGGAAAAAACAUUUGUCAAGUACAUGUAAGGAGGAGUGCCGAGAGUAAAUGAUUGUGGUAUGAACAUACAAAACAAACUCAACGUGAAUAAUAGGAAGUAACAGGUUCUGUGGGAAUUAAAGAAUGCCUGGAAGCACUGAAGAUGGCAGAGGCUGAAAUGCAGUAAAGCAGUGGUGAAGGGACACACUAAAUGCCCAAACACCUGGAGAUGAGCUGACUGUGUUUAUAAUGGAGAACAGAAGUGACAGAGCCAGCAGAAGGCCCUCCACCCAGAGAUGGAGAAAUGCAGCAGCCUGUGUGUCUCGAGUGUUUUACUAAGAUAUCCUUUUACAAUUAGUCACAAAAAUAAUGUUAACUAACAGCUUGCAACUUUGUGUUCAGUACGCAUUAACAGUGUCGCUAACUAGUGAACAUAAUUAGCUCUUUGUGAAAAUAGUAAACUUGCUGCAACAUCGUAUGGUGUUUACUCAGUUUUGCUAGAAUAAAAUGUAAUUCCAAGUA